AUGGAUCGCUUCGUGCUGCGCGGGGACGCGGCGGCGGCGCUGGCGGCCUCGCUGGCGGACGCGCCGCCCUCGGCGUCUCAGCAGCAGAAGAAGCGGCGGCGCCAGACGACCAUCCACCACGGCGACAAGGUCGUCUCGGAGGAGCGCGUGCAGUACCUCAAGGAGGAGCUGGACGACGCCAAGACCACGGCCAACAUGCUGAGCGUGCUCGAGGCUCUGGAGCAGCUCUUCAUCUCGCUCGAGAUGCUGGAGAAGACGCGCGUGGGCGUGGCGCUCACGCGGCUCUCGAGGCGCGCAGAGGCGCCCGAGGUGCAGGACAGGGCCAGGAAGCUGCUCAAAGUGUGGAAGGCCAGGGCCAAGAAGGCCACCAGACGACGAGCCAGGCGCGUCGGGACCUACGGACGCAACUUCGCCGAGUGA